AUGGCCUCAAUCAUCGGACGCGCCGCUUUCCGCGCAACUCGCCCUCUCCGCGCCUCGGGCGUCAACUCGGGCGCCGAGAACGCUGCUUCUCAAGCCAGCCGUGAAGCCGACAAGCAGGCCCUCAAGCAGGGCGCCCGCAAGGACCCCGAGCUCUACGAUACCCGAUUUACUGACAAGGCUUCGCGAAACAACAGNAUCCUGCUCACCAUCAUGUCUGGUGCUUUCGGUCUCGCUGGCUGGCACUUCUCGCGCAACCCCACCUCUUCCUCAUCCGAGAACCCCGUUAGCAAGGCUGCCGACUCCGAGCCCUGGAAGACUGGUGGUGAUGCCAAGUACCAGUACCACCCCGGCGGUGACACCAGCAAGCCUCGCAAGGAUGCUCCCUCGGCUUUGAACGAGGUCAUUGUCCCCAACGUCAACCUGCCCAGAGUGAGUAGCGAUCGAAAAUCUAUCAUAUCCAUCCCAGUCACGCUGACAACCUUGACCAGNGAGCUCCACGAGAAGUACAACAAGUGGGGCAAGGAGGGUUACUAG